AGGGGGGGCGGUCCGGCGCCGCUCGAGCAGCCGCGGAGCUCCCGCGGAGGCGGUGGUCCCGUCCCGCACAUAGAGCGGCACGGCGUUCCUGCAGGCAGGGUCCCCGCAGCGCCAGGGCGCGGUUUCCAGCCCGGAGGCCGCCGGCUCCGCUCCGCUCCGCGCUGUGCGUGUACCCGGGGACGGCAGCUCGCGGUGCGGGUCGCGCUGCGGGUUUUCGUUUUGCGGCUCUCGGCGGCAUCGGCGGCCCCUGCGCUCAUCGCUCGCUUCCCUUGGGUGCCGAGAGAGGCCGAGCGAACUGCCUGCGCCGCAAGGCAGAAAGCGCUGCUUCAAGGGGGCAUUUAAAAUGCUGGGGAUGCCCUGCCCCCCCGUGCCCGGCUCCCACCGCCUUCUGGCCCUUCGCCCGCCCGCGGAGCCACCAAGAGCGGCACAGGUUUCCGUAUGGGCUGCGGCACUCGGAGCCCUCUGACCCGGCCGCUCCAUCACACCCCGGGCUGCUGCUCACCGGGCCGCAGCUGCUGUCCCACCUCAGCCCCCCCCACCUGCGCUGCGUGCCCCAGGGAUGUCGCAGAACCACAACGUGAACGUGGGGGCACCUGCACUGACAGCAACGUGGGCGUUUCCGAGACCACCAGGGUCCGUUCUGGGGGCCUUCCCAGCAGUGUUCCAUUGCGCAGCUCUUGUUAACCACAAGUGAUACUGAAUGUGCUUUGCACCCUCUCGGUGCAUCUGGCUGGAGCACCAGCACGGGGCUGCUGGAGGCCUUGGGAUUUCCUUUCUUCACAUUGCUGCUCGUGUUAUGGCUUCAGGAAGGUCUCUGUAAGCACACCCGUCGCUCAGUUUCUGCAUUUAUGGAGUGCAAUUCCAAAUUUUGGCCACUGGAAAUGGAAGGGUGCUGGGGAUUUACUGUUCAGGAAAUAAUUCUGUGUGUUGUGGACUGAUGGGAUUGUGGCUCUGAAACGACAGGACCGCUUACUUCAUCUUUCUGUCAACUAAAAUGUGAGAAGAAAACCCCAGAGCUUCGUUUUAACGUGUUGUCCAUUUUCACAUCGUGUUCGAGGGAAAUUUUACAUCCGCACAGUAAUUUCCUGCGGGUCAGGCCCACUGUGACAUUUAGUCAUGCACAUCAGCUGCAGGCUCAGUUGAGCAGAUCACCAGGUUGCUGCGCGGGGUCGGGGCUGCUCUGUGCGCUUUGGUGCUCGAUGCAUUCCUUCACAUGGAAGUGAGCGCCCGCCUUGCCCCUUUCAGCGCCUGUUUCUCUCCCCUCCUCUUUGGCAGCGGUUCGCUUCAGAUGGCUGAGAAAGCAAGCGGAGGCCCGCAGGAUGUCCCCGGCUCUUCUCCUGAUGAGAACGAGUUUCCUUUCGGAUAUCCCACCAGCAUUUGUGAAGACGUGCCCGAGCAGAAGUACCUGUGCAGCAACUGCAAUAACGUCCUGAAGAAAGCCCUGCAAACGCUCUGCGGGCAUCGCUACUGCUCCGCUUGCCUGGCGUGGAUCGUGCGGAACAAUAAAAACCCGGUUUGCCAGAAAUGUAAGGAGGAAGAUCCCAGCACUCUGAGUGAAGGAAGCCUGCUGGCAGAAGAAAGGGCCUUUGGGGAUGCUGCCAUUAACAAAGAGAUCUCGGAGCUCCAGGUGCGCUGUGUGACCCUCGGAUGCAGUUGGUGCGGCACCAUGAAAAAUUUUGAAGAGCACCAGAUUCUGUGUGAAUACGCUUUGAUCCCUUGCCACACUGGCUGCGGACACGUGGUGAUGAGAAAGAAACUUGCAGAUCAUUUGGAAAAUGGAUGUGUUAAUAACGUGACCACGUGUCACAAGUGUAAGCAGAGCUUAUCCAGUAGUGAGUACCAAAAACAUUCAUGUGAAGGCACUUUAUAUAGAGAACAGAAGCAUGCGCAAGCAGAAACGCCAUCAAAUGAAAAGCAGAACCACUCCAGUCUCUCAGUCAGCAAGGACGGGUGUCGGUUUUCUGAAGUCGGCUGUUCGUUUGGGGGCAGCACAGAGAAGAUAAAGGAGCAUGAAAAAGCUGCGGUUGGGACUCACAUGCUGCUUCUGCUGCAGUACAUAAAGCAACUGAAGGCAAACCUGUGCACUGCUUCCGAGGCUGCAGGUGGUUUCAUCCCACGGUCAGAGCUGAAUGUGAACGGUGCAGAAAAAAGCAUCUCAGAGCUGCGUAUCCCAGGGAGCCUGGAGAUCAAUGGGGAUCUGGAACUGGAUUGUUUAAGCAGAACUUCUGUUCCCGGAGAUGAAUCUGCUCUACAGCAACUAGCGAGGGAGAAGGUGAUUUCUGAGCUCGAAAAUAAGCUACACGUGUUUGAGAAUAUUGUGGCAGUGCUCAAUAAAGAAGUGGAGACCUCCAACUUGGAAAUCAUGGCCUUCCGGAGGCAGAGUGAACUUGAUCAAAAUAUAAUCCGAGGCCUUGAGCUUAAGAUUGCAGAGUUGCACCGGUGCCUGACCCAGAAGGAUGCAGGCCUGAGCAGGCUUCAUAAGAGUCUUCUGCUCUCUGAGCAAACUUCCUACGAUGGGGUCUUUUUGUGGAAAAUCACGGAUGUUAGCAGGAAGCUGCAGGACUCUGUGACUGGAAGAACAGUCAGUUUGUACUCACCAGCGUUCUACACUGCAAAAUACGGCUACAAGGUUUGCCUGAGGAUUUAUCUGAAUGGGGAUGGGACGGGAAAAGGAACCCACGUGUCGCUCUUCUUUGUCGUCAUGAAAGGAGACUACGAUGCUCUGCUCCCGUGGCCUUUCAGGCACAAGGUCACGUUUAUGCUGCUCGACCAAAACAAUAGGGAGCACGUCAUCGAUGCGUUCCGCCCAGACUUGGCUUCUGCUUCCUUUCAGAGACCCCUGAGCGAGAUGAACGUUGCCAGUGGCUGUCCCACCUUCCUCCCUCUGACCAAACUGCAGUCGCCUAAGCACGCCUAUGUGAAAGAAGACACGCUUUUCCUUAAAUGCAUCAUUGAUACAAAUUAGUAACUCCUGAAACGUGAGCGUCUGGUGAAUCACCCGCUGCAAUUCAUUUGUUUGCGAGAAAAGAAACAUCGGUUUGAGACAUUGUCUUAGUUCUCACAAAGCCCAGGGAGCUGGGCCUCUGUCUCCCAGCUCUGCCUGAGACCAGCUGGGUCUGCCUGCUGGCUGUGGUUGCUGCUGAGCAUGCAGAUACAUUGCCCUGUGCCACACGGAGCGUGCUGUUGCAAAUGGGGGCUGUGAUUAUCUCACUCACCAGCCCAAACUCCUGCUUUAGAUGUAGCUCGCAGUUGCUCCCCUUCACGUGCACAGGUGGAACAAGGGGAGCUCCUUCCCUGCAUUGCCCAGGCGUGCUGUUCAUGCAGGGUGCCCUGGAGCUGGGGGUGCUGUGCUGCAGGGCUCUGCACACCCUCCGCAGUGGCGAGGAGUGCUGCUGCCUCUCCCACCUUUCCCAGGCUUGGUGCACAUGUGGGGUGCCCGGGCUGCCAGCUGUGCUGUGGGACUCGGGCUGCUCCCCAGCAGGGACGAGGGCAGACCCCUCCCAUAGGCUGUGGGUGGGUGUCUGCUUUUUGAAGACCUUGAAAGCGGUGAGUUGUGGAUAGCACUGGUAGCUUGAAAUCCUUAUGCUGGAUGAUUUAAUUCUUGCUAUUUAUUUCGGGCCUGUAUUAAUGUGCUCUGUACAGAGACGCUCUGUUGCGUCAGGAAUGUGACCAGGUUACACUGUGCCUGGGGGAAGUGGCCUCUGGUGUUUCCCAAAGUGGCACUUGGACUUUCCCACCUCAGCCAUGGACUCUGGGGGUUAACCCCAGGGAGGGCCAGAGCUGGCAGCUCAGCAGUGGGAAGGAGCCCUCGGCUUUAAAGAGCUCCCUCACUGCUGAAGCUUUGAGGCAAGUGACUUAUUAGGAAGUACUGAUCUUCUUCUUGCUCAGUUCUUUUUAUGUGCUUCACAUGCUUGGAAGCACCUACAAGAAACGUUUUUAUCUUUUUUUUUUUUUUUUUUUUAAGAGGCAAGGAAUGAAUAAAAGUUAUUUUUACAAUCAAGUUAAGCUUGGAAAUGGUUGGAUGUAAAAAUGCUGGGCUUUAUCCCCCCAAGGAGCAGUAAAGCUGGUGCUCUCCAUUCACUGCAUCAGAACAGGUUGGUGGAUCAGUGGAGCUGAGCUGGGUUUUGCUGCAGCAGUUCCUGGCCUCCCAGCAGCUUGAUGCCCGCAGUGCAGCCCGCUGCUCCCGGCCUGCAAGGCGCUCUCCAGGGUGGGUGCAGCCAUAGGAUGCAGAGCCAAGGCCUGAUCUUGCAGACAGAGCCAUGUUUAUUUAUGACGGAAAAGCUUUUACGCGACUCUAUUCCUUUUUAUCCCUGCAAUAUUUCCCAUGAAACGCUUGGAAAAACAAAACCGGCGCAAAUGUUCCUGCUCCAGGAGAAGGGAAAGGAGAAACCGUCCCCUGCCCAACCAGGGAACAGCGGCCGCCUCGCCGUGCUGCCCUGUGCUGCGCUUACCCACGGGCCUAUGGGCACAUCAUCCACAUCUCCCACUUCUACUUCACAGUGCCCUUCCACAUCAUGAGCUGUGGUGAAGUGUCACGUUUCAGAAAGCAGCACCACGCUUCACAGGCAAAUAUCUGUCACAGACAAAUAUCUGUCACAGACAAAUAUCUGUCACAGGUUGUUUGGGGGGCAGCUGGGUGUCCUUUGCCAUCCCGCCCUGUCAUAAUUCUCUCUUUUAAAUUUAAAACGUUUUUCAGGGACAGAAAGUUAUUUUUCCAGCCCUGUGCCAGACCUUCCAACCACACUGGAGUAGCGUGCCUAAAAAUAUUUUCCUUUUCAUGGCUGUGUAAUUUCGAAGAGCGCUGCAUUUAUUAUAAUCAUUCGUAUUUUCUUACCAUCUCAUUUAUUUCCCAAAUAAAGCUCACCAGCGUAAUAAAGGGUCCGUGUGUUGU